AUGGAUUCUCGAGGUGACAGUUCCAGGUUCGGACAGUAUCCGACAAAACCUUCAAGGAACAUGUCUUCAUCUUCCUCUGCUGCUUUCUUCUCAGCCAACCAAUCUCCCUUCUUCUCCCCAAGAUCUCCCAAACUCCAACAAGAACACUCCGAAUCAACUCGCUCUGAUCCUCAAUGCGAUGACAGCUUCGACCCUCUCACCUCCAGCUCUGGCUUCCAAGACCACCACGCUGACCUCAUGUUUCAGAAUCUUGAACCUUCCAGUAGUGUCAUCCCAAGAUACACAAGAGGAGGAGGAGGGCAUGAUUCGUCUUCCUACACUCAGACAUCUUCUGUCUCAGUUUCUUACAAUAGAGUGAGAUGCUGCGAUGUUUUCUUAGGUUUACACGGACAAAAACCUUCUCUGCUUCGGUUCGCUGAUUGGUUAAGAGCAGAGUUAGAGUUCCAAGGGAUGAGUUGUUUCAUGUCGGAUAGAGGCAGAUGCAGAAGCUCACGUAAACAGAGAAUCAUCGAGAGAGCAAUGGACGGUGCUUCCUUCGGAGUCAUCAUCCUCACGAGAAAGUCUUUCAAAAGUCCUUACACUAUCGAGGAGCUACGGUUUUUCUCCGAGAAGAAGAACCUAGUCCCGGUCUUCUUCGACCUCUCUCAGGGAGACUGUCUCGUCCGGGACAUUGUUGAGAAGAGAGGAGACUUGUGGGAGAAGCACGGAGGAGAGGUUUGGGAUUGUUACGGAGGGAUUGAGAGAGAGUGGAGAGAAGCUGUUCAUGGGUUGUCUCGUGUUGAAGAUUGGAAGCUUGAAGCUCAUGAAGGUAACUGGAGAGAUGUUGUGUUUAGGGCUGUGACGUUGUUGGCUAUGAGGUUAGGGAGGAGGAGUAUUGUUGAGAGGUUGAGUAAAUGGCGUGAUAAGGCCGAGAAAGAGGAGUUUCCUUACCCGAGGAACGAUGGUUUCGUCGGGAGGAAGAAGGAGUUGGCUGAGUUGGAGUUUGUUUUGUUCGGAGAUGUUUGUAAAGAUUCUGAGAGAGAUUACUUUGAGUUGAAGGCAAGAAAAAAGAAGAAGAAGAAUGUGAUGUUAGGGUGGAACAAGAAUAAGAACGGUAAAGGUAAAGAGAAAGUUGUAUGGAAAGAGUCUGAGAAAGAGAUUGAGAUGCAAAGCACUGAUCAGUUAAAACGGAACAACACUAGAAGAAAACGGUCUACGAAAGUAGCUUACGGGAAAGGCGUGGCGUGUGUCUCAGGUGAAUCGGGUAUCGGUAAAACCGAACUGCUUCUCGAGUUUGCUUACAGGCAUCACCAGAGGUAUAAGAUGGUUCUUUGGAUAGGUGGAGAGAGCCGUUACAUAAGACAGAACUAUCUAAAUCUUUAUCAAUACUUAGAGGUUGACGUUGGCGUGGAGAGUUGUUCUGAUAAGACGAGGAUGAAGAGCUUUGAGGAGCAGGAAGACGCCGCGGUUUCGAGGAUCAGGAAGGAGAUGAUGAGGAACAUACCGUUCUUGGUUGUGAUUGAUAACUUGGAGAGUGAAAAAGACUGGUGGGAUUCGAAGCUUGUGAUGGAUCUUCUUCCUAGGUUUGGAGGAGGGACGCAUAUCUUGAUAUCCACGCGUCUCUCUAGGGUUAUGAACAUGGAGCCGUUGAAGUUAUCUUACUUAUCUGGCGCUGAAGCUAUGGUGUUGAUGCAGGGGAACAGCGUUAAAGACUAUCCUGUUCCUGAGAUGGAUGCGUUGAGAGUUGUGGAAGAGAAGCUUGGGAGGUUAACGUUGGGAUUAGCGAUUGUUGGAGCCAUUUUGUCUGAGCUUCCUAUAAACCCUAGCCGGCUUUUGGAUACUAUAAAUAGAAUGCCGUUGAGAGAGAUGUCUGGUCGGGAGGGGAGCUUGUUGAGGAGGAGAAGUGUGUUUCUAUUGCAGCUGUUUGAAGUUUGUUUUUCGAUCUUUGAUCACGCGGAUGGACCGAGGAGUUUAGCUACUAGAAUGGUUGUUGCAGGCGGGUGGUUAGCUCCGGGUCCAGUUCCAGCUUCUUUGUUAGCUUUGGCUGCUUAUAAACUCCCUGAGAAACAUAGAAGUCUGUGGAGGAAGCUGAGACGCGCUAUAAGUUGUGGUUUUGCGUCUUCUAAGUCCAAAAGAUCAGGAGGUGAAGCUGCUUCUAUGUUGCUGAGAUUCAACAUCGCUAGAACAAGUAGUGUCAAGCUAGGGUUUAUACAAAUACACGAGCUGGUGAGACUCUACGCUAGAAACCGUGUGCUGGUGAAUGAGAACGCUCCUGCUAUGGUUCGAGCCGUGAUAAGCCGCGGCUCGACGGUUGAGACAGCGGAGCAGAUAUGGGGGGUUUGCUUUUUGCUGUUCGGUUUCGGCAACGAAGCUCCAACCAUUCAGCUGAAGAUAACAGAGCUGUUGUUUCUUGUGAAGCAAGUAAUCUUGCCCUUAGCGAUUAGGACUUUCAUAAAUUUUUCGCGGUGCAGCGCUGCGGUUGAGCUGCUUAGAGUCUGCACAAACGCACUCGAAGCGGCUGAUCAAACGCUUGUGACGCCGGUGGAGAAGUGGUUAGAUAAGUCUCUUUGUUGGAGACCGGUUCAGACAAGCGCACAGCUGAACCCUGUUCUUUGGGAAGAGCUUGCUCUGACUCGAGCCACUGUGUUGGAGACUCGAUCUAAGCUGAUGUUGAGAGGUGGGCAGUUUAGUGUGGCUGAUGAUCUAAUUAGAAAAGCUAUCUUUAUAAGAACUUCGAUCUCAGGAGAGGAUCAUCCUGCGACUGUGUCGGCUCGAGAGACUUUGAGUAAGUUAACGAGACUUUUGUCAAAUGCUCAUCAGACUCAGAACAGUUCACCAUGA